AUGCGUGGACUACUUCAAGCCGCCAAAGCCGCGAAUAUCUCGCGAGCUCCCAAGUACAACCUCCUCGUAUGCUUUGACGCGUUCGAGACCCUCUAUGCUCCCAAAGAGCCCGUUCACCAUACUUACGGUCAGUUUGCUCGCGAUAACGGCCUUCAACACGCUAGCGACGAUGUUGUGGCCCGUUACCUUCACGACCGCAUCACCACAGCUACCAAAGAGUACCCGAACUAUGGCAAGCACAUCAAGGGCAUGACCCCCGAAGAUUGGUGGACGAAGGUUAUUAAGAAUAUCUUCGUCGACGUUGAGCCCAGUCUGAGCAACCCAGCUCACAAAGACCAGCUGGAUGAUCUUGGCCGUAGACUUUUCCACCACUUCUCCACUCGGGACGCUUACAAGACUGCCUCCAACAUGCCCAAGCUUCUCCAGUCCAUGAAGCAUCACAAGGCCACCAACAAGCUCGAGAACCCCUCCAUCAACCACGUCGUCCUCGGCGUCAUCAGCAACUCCGACGACCGCGUAGGCGGUAUACUUUCUUCUCUGGGCCUUGACGUCAGCCCCCUGCGUUUCCAACGAGAGUCCAAGCAGGACACACACUUCGAAAGCGCUCGCCCCGUCGACGGAAAGUCAUACGACAUCGACUUUACCGUCAUGUCGUACGACGUUGAGGAGUCAAAGCCGCACAAGCUGAUGUGGCAGGCCGGAGAGAUUCUGGCUCGCAGGGCGGUUAUUCAUGAGCUUGGCAUCGGCAAGUUUGGCGAGAGUGUUCCUUGGUUGAAGCUCUACGUUGGUGAUGAUAUUAAGAAGGAUGUGGAGUCGGCUUGGGGGUGUGGGUGGAAUGCGGUGCUUUUGAAGGAGUUUAUUACUGAGCAUCCUGCUGAUGAGCGUUUGGAGGAUUUGGAGGAUGUGAUGGCGAAGCCGGUUACUGAGGUUUUGGGUGGUCGCAGCCCUCGUAUGUUGACGGUCAAUAAGCUGGAGAUUUUGGUUGACUGGAUUGUGAAGAGAGGUUUGGAGGUCCCCGCUGGUUUGGAUGGCAGUACUAAUGGCUCUGAGGAGAGGUUCAAGCUCGUUAAGAGCAUGGAGUGA